CCUGGAAGCCUGCGUCCUCUCCCUGAGCCACCAGGGGGCCUGAGUCCCACAGUGGGACACCCAGCUCUGGGUUUGUUCACCCUGAACCCUCCGGCCCCAGUCAAGCUGUCCCACCCUGCCUCCUCUCCCUCCCCCUCUUCUCCUCCUGCUACUGUUUCUCCUCCCUCCUGGUCCCCACAGGCCCACCUGGCCUCCCAUUCAGCUUUCUCCCUCCAUGAGGGGUGGGGGGAGGCAUCGGGGGGCGUGGAUGUGGACCCCCAGCCUCUUCAUCUUGAUUCACCUGAAAAGCUAAGGGACCUGGGGAAACGAUGCCAUGAUGUGUCAACUUUAACAGACCUUUGUUCAAACCUGCCAGAGUUGGAGAUAGUGAGCCUCCUUUCAGAGGGUCAGCCCAGCUACACCCUUCGAGCGGACAGUGUGUUUGGAUACGACAAUGACGACUGGCUGCACACCCCUCUGCUGCCACCAACGGUCGUGUUGGGACUCACACACGAGCAGCUUGAAGAGACUCUCAAGUACUUCUUGCUGUGUUCAGAGAGAGUGGGCCAGGUCACCAAGACGUAUCAUGACAUCAAGGCAGUCACCCACCUGCUGGAGGAGAAAGAGCGGGAUCUCGAGUUAGCAGCGAGAAUCGGUCAAUCCCUCCUGAAGCAGAACCAAGAAAUAACCGCUCGCAAUGAAAUGCUGGAUGAGCAGCUUGAGAUUGCAACCGAAGAGAUUGCUCAACUCCGCCAUGAACUCUCGAUGCGAGACGACCUCCUUCAGUUCUACGCCAGCACCGAGGAGAUCGAGAACGCUGAGUCACAAUCACCAAUAAAAAGGAACGAAUCAUGCAGUUCUCUCAGCAACUUUGUCCACUACGACUUCAUGCAGCAGAAACUGAAGGGUUUAGAGGAUGAGAACCGCAAACUGCGAGUAGAGGCCAAUGAGCUCACAACAGAGACGACCAACUAUGAGGAGCAAGAACAGGAGCUGAUGAUGGUGUGUGUGGAAGAACUCUCGUCCGUUAAUAAGCGGGUCGUCGACCUGUCAGAGGAGCUAGCACGGAAAAUUGAGGACACUCUCCGACAACAGGAGGAGAUCAGCUCACUGCUGGCACAGCUCGUUGACCUGCAGGCCCGUUGCAAAGGGCUCACCCAUGAGAACGAAGAGCUGAACCAACACCUGUGUGCCUCCCGUGAGAGCCAGCUAAAUCUUCAAUCAGAGCUCAAGGACCUGAAGGACAAAUACUCUCAGUGUGAGGACAUGCUCCGCGAGGCCUGGGAGGACAUCAAGAACUUGCGUAAUAAGAGCCUUCCCAACAGCACGGUGCAGCGCUACACUGCUCUGGCCUCCGUCCUCCCCAUGGACUCACUGGCAGCCGAGAUAGAGGGCACCUUCCGCAAAGGCCUGGACACCCCGGCACCCUCAGAGUACAAGAACCACCCUCGGCGUGUGUUUGAAACAGUGAAGGUGGUGAACAAGGCUGUGAGGCUGCAGUCUCGGUGCCACUCCCUGGGGCUGCCAGGCUCCAGCCCGGCGUCAACUCACUCCAGCUGCACCAGCACCCCCCGAACCAGCUACUACGGCUCAGACAAUGCUAGCCUCACUCUGGAGGACAAGCCCAGCUCCAAUAAUACUCAGAAAGAAGACAACAGAGUUAGCGGGCCGAAGCGUCUGGGCCAGCCAGGCACACCAGGAGGCCAGGACCUUGAGGCCGCCUUGCGCAACCUGUCAGCCCGCCAGCAGAGCCACUCCUCUGAGCGGCCUUUCUUUGAAGUGGAGCGUGAGCGUAAACUACACGCAUUGGCAGCGGACUGCGAGGAGGGCGAGGGCUCCAGUGGCUUCCUGACUCCUAAUGACAGUCUGGUCUCCAGCCCGGCAGCAUCAACAGGCACCAACUACUCCAACGGCAGCUCACGACAUUCCUGUGGCUCCUCAGGUGGUUCCAGGUCCUACCUGCCCGACCGCUUGCAGAUCGUCAAACCUCUGGAAGGCUCGGUGACUCUUCACCAGUGGCAACAGUUGGCCAAACCAAACUUGGGAGGCAUCCUGCAUCCACGUCCGGGCGUCCUGACUAAAGACUUCAGGGAGCUUGAGGUGGACAUCCAGCACGUCUACAGUCUGAACGACCUGGAGGAGGAUGAACCCGACCUCUCGCAGCUCUCUGGAGCACAUGGCAUGGUCUCUCCACCUGGUCCCAAGCUCCCUCAGACCUCUCCCACACAUACCAUAACCACCUGCCAAGCCCUCCAACCCUCCCUUCUCAUCCCAUCCUUAUCCACUAGCCUUCACUCUUUCGGCCUGCCAUCUUGUCGGAACUGUGAGCUCGUGACCACUUCGUCGCCAUCCAACCAGCGGCCCUUUGGCCAAGGAGGCUGGACCACCACAGACACCAAACAUGUAACCACUUCAUCACUGGGACUCCUGCAGCUCCUGAAAGAGCGCGGCAUCUCAGCCUCUCCUCACCCACACCACCACCCGCACUACAACCAUAGUACUGAACCUUCACCCUCCACAGCAAAAGACAAAUGUGGCGACUCACCGCCGGACAAAGAGGGACGAAGGUACAUUUUCAGUCUGAACUUGGUUGAGAAGCUUCAUGCUCUGGGGUUGCACAGAGUGGCAGCCUGGGGGAUGACGGGCCGCAGUGGAACAGAGAAGCAGUCGGUCGUCCUCUGAAAGUUUGAUGAGGACUGUUCAUCACUUCCAGCUCUCUCAUUUCACUGUAGUGACUCUACAUCCAGCCAUGUGAUCUCCACUGUGCAGUUCAGGACCCACAGCUCUGGUGUCUUGAAAACAAAAGCCACAGAAUGUGCUAGAGCCAUACGUUAAGUUGUUGGUGUUCAGUCAUAUUAUUUUCUAUGAAUGUGUGUACAGUAGGUGUGUGUGUGUGUGUGUGUGUGUGUGUGUGUGUGUGUGUGU